AUGCUCAGAACUAUUGCACGAGAUAAAUCACUAUACUCCAAACUGGCAUUAUAUGGCCACGGAAGGUACAAUUCAGUGAUGAUGGUGCCUGCACGUAAUAUAGGCUUCAUCAAAAUUAUAGCAAAAGCUACAAAAUUACCUGUAUAUAUAGGUGGCACUAUGGCUGCUGGUGGAACAUAUGUCGCAUACAAGGUGGAACAAGCAAGUACAUACACUCAAGAUAAGCUAUCGGCUAUAAAGGACUUUACUGAUGGCGUGUUUGACAAAACUGGCGAAUUUUUCAAAAGCAUGAAAUCGAGCAUGGAUGGAGACGGCAGUGGAGGCAGUGGUGGCAAUGGAGGCAAUGGAGGCAACGGUGGCAAUGGAGGCAAUGGCGGCGAAAACGAUGCUGCAACAGCUAUUGGUGCUACAGCAGCGGCAGUUGGCCUUACAGCAGAUGACGAUGACGAUGACGCGGACGAUACAACUGUGGGGGAAGAAGAUGAAGAUGAUAUGGAAACACUCAUUGAUGAUGACGAUGACGAUGACGACCUUGAAAGCGAACAAGAAACAGAUGACCAUAUGCUAAACUUGACGCGACAAAUGAUUGAAAUCCGCAAUUUAUUGGCAAGCAUCGACCACGAUGGAAUCAAGUUGCCAUCCAUAGUCGUUAUUGGUUCACAAUCAAGUGGUAAGUCUUCAGUGUUGGAAAGUAUUGUUGGUCAGGAGUUUUUACCAAAAGGUUCAAACAUGGUCACCAGGAGACCAAUCGAACUCACUUUGGUUAAUACUCCGGAAUCGGCAUCAAACGUUGCCGAGCUUCCUGCAUUGAAAAUGAACAAUAUUACUGAUUUCACUCAAUUGCAAAAGAUCUUGUAUGAUCUCAAUAUGGCGGUUUCCGAAGCCGAAUGUAUCUCAAAUGAUCCUAUUCAAGUGACCAUUCGAUCUCCAAAAGUACCAGACUUGUCAUUGGUUGACUUACCUGGUUACAUCCAAGUUGAGGCAGCCGACCAGCCUACAGAGCUAAAGCGUAAAAUAAGAGAAUUGUGUUUCAAAUACUUGGAACCACCAAAUGUUAUUUUGGCCAUAUCAGCAGCCGAUGUGGAUCUAGCAAACUCAGCAGCAUUGAGGGCAUCACGCUUAGCAGAUCCCAGAGGGGAACGAACGAUUGGUGUGAUUACAAAGAUUGAUUUGGUAAGUCCCAAAGUGGCAAGAAAAAUAUUAACUAAUAAGAAGUACCCACUCAGACUUGGAUACGUUGGAGUUAUUACCAAAGCACCAUCUUCAAGUAGAUUAGGUGGAGGUAGUGGCAGUGGUGGCGGAGGAGGAGUAGGAGGAGGGUUAUUCUCAAGGGCCAAGGUUACAGGCUAUCAAGCAUUUGUUGCUCAACAAAAUUUCGAACACCAAUACUUUAAAGAACACAAGGAGGAGUUUUUGGGAACAACUGUUGGCACCAAGAACUUGAAGAAAAAGCUUAUGAAAGUUUUGGAGAAAACUAUGGCAGCAUCACUCAGACCAACACAUUUAGCUAUUCAACAAGAGAUGGAGGAAACUGCUUAUCAAUUUAAAGUGGAAUUUAAUGAUCGUCCAUUGACACCAGAAAUGUACUUGGCAAACAAUAUUGAUAUGUUGAAAUUAGGAACGAAGGACUUGAGUCAUGACUUUUCUCGCUCUGAAUUGAGAGCUUUGUUGAAAAACGCGUUGGAUCAGAAGAUAUUGGACUUGCUUGCUGAAAGGUAUUGGAAUAAGCCAUUUGAUUUGAGUGCGUCGAGUGGCAUUACCGAACCAGACUUGAAAGAUUUGACUCAAGCAAUCCAUGAUGGUGACAUGUAUUGGCACAAAAAGUUGGACUUGGCUUCGGGAUCAUUGACUAAGUUGGGUGUUGGUAGAUUAGCAACAAACUUAAUCACCAAUGCUUUACUCACUGAAGUUGAUAAUUUGGUUGACAAUACACAAUUGCGAAACCACCCAAUGGCGAAGCAAGCAGUUAGAGAUGCGGCCAAACAAGUCUUGAGCAACAAAUAUUACUCUACAGCUGACCAAGUUGAAAAUUGUAUCAAACCUUAUAAAUACGAAAUCGAACUCGAGGAUCGAGAAUGGACAACAUCAAAGGAGAAUGCAGCUUCUUUGUUAAAGGAAGAGAUGAGACAAUGCGAGGAAGUGUAUCUCGAUUUGAAAAGCCAAGUUGGCGGAAGAAAAUUACAGCAAGUGGUUACAUACUUGGAAAAGUUGAAGCAGCUGAAACUGGGUGACAUUGACCUUACCUCAAACGAAACAUUGGGAUUUUCACCAACAUUGAUCCAGCGAGGUAAGGAUGCCAUAUUUUUGAAGGAUAGAUUAUCCCUACUCAAGAUGAGAUACCUGUUUGUGAAGAAUUCAAAGAAAUGCAGGUCGAAAAAUAGCAAGUACCAGUGUCCCGAAGUGUUUUUAGAUGCGGUGGCAACAAAGAUUGCCAACACUUCGAUUCUUUUCCUAAAUGUUGAACUUCUCAGCGACUUUUAUUAUAAUUUCCCAAGGGAGUUGGACAUGAAGUUUUUCAGCAAUCUUAGCAAAGAAGAUAUUGAAAAGUUUGCUAAAGAAGAUCCAAAAAUCAGAAAACAUAUUGAACUACAAGAACGUAAGGAUUUAUUGGAAAAUGCCCUUAGCAAAAUCGAGAGCGUACUAGCAAUUCAAAGAACGCAAAAGAAGGCUGGUCCAGAUGAUGACGAGCACAAAUCAUUAUUCAAAUGGUGA